AUGGAUUUCAAUCAGAAACGUUUAACGAAUUUGGGCGGACGUUACGGAAGUUUAAAAGAUUUAAGUCCGAGAGCGAAAGAAGUCACGCAAAGAUUAACGAACGCAACGAAAAAAUCUAAAAAUCAAGAGAGGGAAACGCAAAUCGACGUGGCAUCAGCUCCACUGACGAAACAAUUAUGUUCGACGGUAUCCGUUCAACUGAGGCAAGACAUUGAUAAUUUGAUGUUGAUACACAAGAGGCUCGCCAUCGAAGCGGACAAUUCGUCGAAUCGUUCGCAAUACGAACAAAUGACGGAGGAAAUUGAAAAACUCGCGGCGGAAACGCAGCAAAAGUUGAAUUCUCUCACGUCCAAAUUGAAAAACAACAAUUCGAUGAUAAAAAAUCAACUGAGUACAAACGCGUCAAAUUAUUUAGGGAACAAUCUGGGAUUGACGACGCACAACAACGUGACGUCGGGUCAACCUCCCGGUCCUCCCUACAUGAUGACGGGAGGAAACAAUCCGAAUUUGAUAACGAACGUGGACGUGUCGAGAAUAUCGGAAAUGCUCAUUUCCGUCGUGCAGCAGUACACGGAAAAUCAGCAAAACAAUCAGAAGAGUUGA